CAAAUAAAAAAAAUAACUUUUUUCUCUUCUGAUAAAAUUUUAGUUUUCGUCUUGGCGCAGGAAUUCUCUGUUCGUAAUGUGUUUGUGAGAAACCUGGAGAUAUCAUAUUUUUCUCUGAUAAGUGUUUGUCGAAAUCUUUUUUUUCUAAUGCAAUACACAAAAUCCUGCGAAUGUAUAGCUGUAAAUAGUUUUUAACUCAUAAAUUAUGGCAGCAAGUUUACCUUAUGAAAUUUCAAAAUUUAGAAAUCAUUCAAGACAGCUCAGAAGAAUACUACGUGAUACUAAACAAUCCCUUGAAGAUAUUGAAAAAAGUGGAUAUUUUACCGAUGAACAAAUCUCCAGUAUCCAAUUAAAACUUGAGAAUGAGCAAGCUGUACAUGAUCUAAUUUACAGUGCUGUAGGGAUUACAAUAUUAGGACAUGAUUGUUGGGCUAAAGCAGCUGUUGCUAAUGAAUUGUUUGGACAGAAAAUAUUACCCACAGAACCUCAUGAUGCAGAGAGUGAUGGUUCUAAGUUUUCCUGGCGCAUGGUCAGAUUUAUAUAUGGUGUUCAAACUCAGGUGACAUUAGCUCUUCCAAAUAGUUAUGAAUUAUUAGGUCAUCUUGUUUCUCAUGAACAACAAUGGCAUACUGUUCCUUUGGAAGAUCUUGAAUUGAAAAGAAAAGGUAGUGAAGAUCCAGCAUUUGAAAGUGCAAUAUUAGACAUAAAGUUACGUCAUCAGUUACUCAGAGAUGAUGUGGUUGUUAUGAUAUCUCCCACGAAUGUUAAUGCUAAUUUUGAGCAAGUUCUUUCUAUUUGUAUGGAAGGUUAUACACCUAUUGUGAUAUAUGCUAUUGCUAAUGGCACUUUAACUCAAAAGGAAGUGACAGAACUUAUGGAAUUAAAGAAGAAAUUUCCAAAACUACCUAUAUUUUUCAUUUGUGUAGUUCCACCCUGCUGUGAACUUACUGAAUCUGAACAGCAUGAAAGAGGAAUUGGCUUUAACGCUCGUAAAAAAACUUCAUUCAAACCUCAUUCUUAUCACGAAACAUCCAUUAUGCAUCAAACUGUGUUAAAAAGAAAAGAAUCGCUGGAUUCUAAAUUAGGUUCAACUUCUAUGACUUUAUUUCAACAAUUAUGUGGGCUUGGUUUUUUGAAUGUGAUCUCUCCAAAUCUCAAGAAGAAACUGUGUAGACAACCUAGCGGAGCCAUUGAAGUGGAAAGCAAACUAAUUGAAGAUUUAGAAAAUUUUCAAAGUUUUGCUUUGCACAUUCGUCAAAUUUUACAAGCUGAAUUGGUACAAGUUGCAACAAUAUUAAAUGAGGCUCAUAACACUUGUUUACGCAUGUUUAUAAUGAGUGCUUUUGACAUGACAUGGGAUAUGUUGAUUACUCCUAAGAGAAUUGCUUAUGCCAGACAGCGUGAAACUGAGUUGUAUGAAUCAUUGAUGUCUAUUGCCAAUUGCAAGCAAGAAGAAAUUAGGCAAUUAAUAGUUGAAACAAUUAAUAAUAUGACUGAUGAACUAUUAGAGAAGGCAUCAAUAUAUGAUUUUCAAGGUGUAGAUCUGUUAGAAGGUGAACCCCCUUCAGCUAGAGAUCUUCAGAUCUGUACAACUGAAAUUCAAGCUCUUGUUCUUAAUUCCCUUAACAGUGCUGUUGCCGGUAAACUAAUUGGUUCUGUUGAUUAUCUCAGAGAGAGUUUUGUCGGCACACUUGAAAGGUGUUUGACUAGCUUGGAAAAUUUAAAGGAUAGUUCAGAGCCAUCUCAAGCUAGUAAUGCCUUAAAGCAAAUAUUGAAUGCUGCUUAUCAAGUUGAGGUAACCGUCAGAACCAGUUCCUCAUUGUUACGAGUUUUAUUUGAGAAAAUGAAACAGAAAAUUGCUUCUCUUCAUUAUCCCAAAGACAGCCCCAAACAGUAUGAUAAACUACUAUGGGGUUCACACCAGCACUUCCUGAUGUCAGAGUACCCUUUUUUAUACAACAGAGUCUCAGACAACUUCUUUUCUUUGUUAGUGCAAACAUUGCCUUGGAAAACACCUCCAGUUAUUGAGAGUGAGUGGAAACGAAGGGUGGCAUAUGAUAUGUUGAUGAGUCUCAGCGAAUCUAGGCUUGCACGUUCUAUUUGUGCGCAGUUUCGAGAACGACUCAGAGCUUCACAUGAACAGUUCGGGGCUUCUUUGCGUCAUCUUGAAGCUAUGCAUUCCGGCAGAUUAGAAAGGACAGAAGAACAACGUUUAAAAGUUAGAAAAUUGCAUGCACCUAAACUUGCUAAAUUUGCUCUGGAAAGUACAUCACUGAGAGAUGUUAUGCUUUAUGGAAUGCCUCACAUUGGACGAGAAAUUGGAAGAGGCCAGUAUGGUGUUGUCUAUGCAUGUGAGCAAUGGGCUGGCUCCUCCCCAUGUGCAAUUAAAUCUGUUGUUCCUCCUGAUGAUAAACAUUGGAAUGAUCUGGCUAUGGAGUUUUACUAUACAAGGAGUAUUCCAGAGCAUGAUCGUAUUGUACAAAUUAGGGGUUCUGUGAUUGAUCUCACAUAUGCCGGGGGCAGCACCCCUGCCGUGCUGCUCAUUAUGGAUAGAUUGCAAAGGGAUCUUUAUUCUGCAUUAAAAAUGAGUCUUCCUUGGAAAACUAGAUUACAGGUUGCUUUGGAUGUUGUUCAGGGCAUUCGUUUUCUUCAUGGACAAGGGCUUGUGCACAGAGAUAUUAAGUUAAAAAAUGUUUUGCUGGAUAAGCACAAUAGAGCCAAAAUUACAGAUCUUGGUUUUUGCAAGCCUGAAGCUAUGAUGUCUGGUAGCAUUGUGGGUACACCAAUUCAUAUGGCUCCUGAACUGUUUAGUGGAAAAUAUGAUAACAGUGUUGAUGUCUAUGCAUUUGGAAUAUUAUUUUGGUAUAUAUGUGCUGAUCAUGUAAGAUUGCCAUAUGUAUAUGAACAAUGUCAAAGCAAAGAUCAGUUGUGGAAUUCAGUGAAAAAAGGAGCUCGACCAGAACGUUUGCCACAGUUUGAUGAAAACUGUUGGCGUCUCAUGGAAGAUUGCUGGAAUGGUAAACCCUCAAAUCGUCCACUUUUAGGGGAAGUUGAGCCUAGAUUAAUGGAAAUAAUUGAAUACUAUGAGCAGAAUCCAUUACCAAGUGGGUUUAGUUCGAUGAUUAGAUCUAAUUCCUAUAAACGUAACAAGCGCUCUGUAAGAUCUAACGCUAGUGCACCCAGGCGGCGGUUUCCGACUCACCCGCAAGCAUGACUCUUAAAGAUGCCGAACAGUCUUGCACUGUCGGAUGUCUGCCCUUUCUCUGAAAUGCUAUCAGAGGUUUCUUCUGAGCUUGAGAUAAUUGCUGAAAAACUUGUGCCUAGACAAGAUAUUUCUAAAUAUUGACACAUUAACAACUUUUGACUCUCUUAUUAACCUUUUUUAUUUUCUGAUAAUACUUGGAAUCUUUGGAGUAUCUGCUUGCCUUUUUCUUAUUUUUUUUAAUAUCUUUUGCUUGAUGCUUUGCUUGCCUUUUUUAUAUGUUUGUGUUGUUUUAGUAUCCAUGUUUGUUAUGUUUUUCUUUAGGUAAUAGAUUAAAAACAUGACAAAAAAAUUUUUUUAGAAAAAUUAAGUUCAACUUUUAUUUGUAAUGUUUACUUUAAACAUUUCUAUAUAUUCGACAAUGCUUUUUAACCUUAAAGGAGCUGCUUUUAUUCACUUUUAGAAUAAUCAAAGUUAUUUACUAAAAUUUAAAAAAAAAAAAAUUCAAAGGAAGAUCUACCUGUUAUUAAAAGACAAUAUGUAAAAUCUUGUUCUUUUACUUUUGUUAUUAAAUUAAAAAUAUUUUUCAAUAACAAAUUUUAACUUAAGGAUGGUGGUUUAUAGACUUUUUAUUAAAUUUAGUAUUCUCAAAUUGGCAGGUGAAAGAGGAAAUGUUUUAGUAAGUAAAAAUAUAUAUAUGAAACCUAAUAACUUAUCUUCAGAAAAAAGUGCACAUGUGUUUUUUGACGUGGUUAUUUACUGGAAAAUUAAAAGAAAGUUUCCAAAAUUAAACUAAUGUUGAAGAAUAGAUAAAAGAUUUAUUCCUUUUUAAAAGCAUAAUUAUGUUUAUCUAAAAUAAAGUCUGAAUCCAAUUUUAUUAAUAAUUAAAAAAUAGUAAUGUAACUAAAGUUAAAUUAAGGCAUGCAAAAAUUUACUUGUGACUGUCAGUCUCAGAUUUGUGCAAUAUUCUGUUUGUCUGUGUGAUAUCUAUAUUGAUUGUUUUAUCCUUCCCAUUGUGCUGUUUAGGCCCAGUAGAGCAGAAAGAAGUAGAAAUUCUGUCUGCAAGUCCUUACAUCAAUUUGGAAUUUGCUCCUGCAUAGAAUAGUUAGCUUUUAAUUUUAAUCUAAUAAAAGGGCAUUAGUGUACAUAAUUUGUGCCAAGUCAAAAACUAUGUACUUGAGCUUUUUGUGACAACCAUUUUGUACCUACUGUCCUUGUUUGUGAUAUUUACUUUUAAGUAGUCUGCACAAAUUCGUCCUUUUUAAAGAGCUCGAAUAGAAGAUGAAGUAAGUAGUGUACGUGUACUUUUUUUGUUUGUAAAAAGUGUAAAUAUUUUGUUUUCUAUUCAUUGUUAGUAAAAUUGGAAAGUUUAAUUAAAAUCGAAGAUCUGUUUAUUGAGCUAGAAUUUGAAUUGCAAUAUUUUAUUAUGUAUUGAAAAGUAUUAUUUGAUUGUGAUGUUACAUAAAUUUUUAAUAUGAAUUCGACAUUUACAGAUUUUAAUCUAUUGAAAUAAUCAUUUGUACAAUUUUAUAGUUUUCUGUACAGACUUGUUAUGUAUAAAAUAUAUAUAUAUAUUUUGUAACAAAUUUUAAACUGUUGUUGCAUAGCAUUUUAUAUAAUAUGCCUAUAUUUUUGUUAGAAGUGUUAUUACCAGUUUGGAAUAAAAGUUAUUUAUAACAAA